GGGAGCCCCUCUGCUUAUCCUCUCCUCCUCUGUUCUUCAAUCAGGUCUGAGCGAGCGAGAUAGUCCGAAAGAGAGAGGCUUUUGAUCGGAGAACACGCGUCUUCUCCAUGGCACUAGUUGGGCUUUACAAUGCUCCACCUUUGUCUGUACAGCUCUCCAAAACCACGUCCCCCUCCACUGCCGCACUGAAAUCCAGUUUCCUCUCCUUCACCAGGAACCCAUUUGUUAAAUUUUCGAAAAACCCACUUGUCCGCAACAGUGAGAACCAAAGAAGAACCUCCCCAAUCGUGGCAAUGAGCAUGGACGCUGGGAUUGGCGUGAUGGGGACGAAGUUGGGCAUGAUGACCUACUUCGAGACCGACGGCACUGUUGUUCCGGUUACCGUAGUUGGAUUCAGGGAAGGCAAUAUUGUAACUCAGAUCAAGACGGCGGCCACCGAUGGAUAUGACUCCGUCCAGGUAGGUUACAGGAGGGUUAGGGACCGGAAACUUACGAAGCCUGAAACGGGUCACCUUGAAAAGGCCGGAGUCAUACCCAUGAGGCACUUGCAAGAGUUCAGGUUGCAGAGCAUAGAGGGGUUUGAGUCUGGACAAAAGUUGGUUGUAGAUGAGAUUUUCAAGGAGGGGGACCUUGUUGAUAUCUCUGGAAUAACCAUUGGCAAAGGGUUUCAAGGUGGAAUUAAGCGGCACAAUUUCAAAAGGGGUCCUAUGACCCAUGGUUCCAAAAGCCAUAGAGCUUUGGGAUCUAUUGGUGCUGGAACAACACCAGGUCGUGUGUACAAGGGGAAGAAAAUGCCUGGAAGAAUGGGUGGAACCAAGACAAAGAUCCGAAAGCUCAAGAUUGUGAAAAUUGACAAUGAACUCCGCAUUGUGAUGAUUAAAGGUGCUCUUCCUGGUAAACCAGGAAAUCUAUUGCGCAUAGCUCCGGCUAAGAUUGUUGGGAAAAACAUACCAAAGAAUUAGUUGCAAAGUGUUUUACUUUGUCACAGUUUUGAACUUUCAGCGAAACAUUUUCCUGUUUUCGAAGAUGUGUAUGUUCGUGCUUCAUGUUGCAUACUGUAUCAUGUUUUGAAAAGAUUUCACAAUUUAGAAUUGCAUAUUGGUCCACGCAUGAGCCACCUGCA